AUGAAGCGGGUGAUCAAGCGGCUCGUGUGGGACAUGUGCUACGACAGCCAGCAGCACCUGUCCGAGGGCGCCCAAUCGGUGCUCGUCAAGAGCGGACCCUGGCAGUACUCCUACCGCCUCUGGGUCGAAGACGUCGACGGGUUCGAGCUGAUCUUCCCGCCCGAGGUGCCGUUCGGGACCCCGCACGUGCCCCAGACCAACAAGUUCUACCAGAAGCUCAUGCACCGCUUCUUCCCCACGCGAGGGAACCUGCGGUGCUACGAGCUGUUCACGCUGUACCUGAGCACGCUGAGCGUGGAGACCGUGGCGCACCACGACCGGGAGCUCGUCAGCGUCCUGCUCAACCGGACUAUGAAGUGA